UCUGCAACAUCCUCCCAGGCCCGGCCCCCUUCUCCCCCCGCGCCCAGAUGGUACGCUCCGGUCCGCCUGGCCCGGCUGCAGUGGAUGUUGCUAGAACCCACGCGGAGGAAGGAAGAGACGCAGGCAGGCUGCGGUGACCCAGGCGGCCGCCCCUGCCUCAGGGACCCCUUCCCCGAGAGACGGCAUCAUGACCCAGGGAAAGCUCUCCGUGGCUAACAAGGCCCCCGGGACCGCGACCGCGGGGCAGCAGCAGGCAAAUGGAGAGAAGAAGGAGGCUCCAGCAGUGCCCUCGGCCCCACCUUCCUAUGAGGAGGCCACCUCUGGGGAGGGGCUGAAAGCGGGGGCCUUCCCCCCAGCCCCCACGGCUGUGCCUCUCCACCCUAGCUGGGCCUAUGUGGACCCCAGCAGCAGCUCCAGAUAUGAUCACGGUUUCCCCAACGGAGACCAGGAACUCUUCACCACCUUCAGUUGGGAUGAUCAGAAGGUUCGCCGAGUCUUUGUCAGAAAGGUCUAUACCAUCCUGCUGAUCCAGCUGCUGGUGACCUUGAGUGUCGUGGCUCUCUUUACUUUCUGUGACCCUGUUAAGGACUAUGUCCAGGCCAACCCAGGCUGGUACUGGGCAUCCUAUGCUGUAUUCUUUGCGACCUACCUGACCCUGGCUUGCUGUUCUGGACCCAGGAGGCACUUCCCCUGGAACCUGAUUCUCCUGACCAUCUUUACACUGUCCAUGGCCUACCUCACUGGGAUGUUGUCCAGUUACUACAACACCACAUCUGUGUUGCUGUGCCUGGGGAUCACGGCCCUUGUCUGCCUCUCGGUCACCCUCUUCAGCUUCCAGACCAAGUUUGACUUCACCUCCUGCCAGGGUGUGCUCUUCGUGCUGCUCAUGACUCUUUUCUUCAGCGGACUCAUCCUAGCUAUCCUCCUGCCCUUCCAAUACGUGCCCUGGCUCCACGCCGUUUAUGCUGCGCUGGGAGCAUGUGUGUUUACGUUGUUCCUGGCAUUUGACACCCAGUUGCUGAUGGGCAACCGACGCCACUCGCUGAGCCCCGAGGAGUAUAUUUUUGGAGCCCUCAACAUUUACCUGGAUAUCAUCUAUAUCUUCACCUUCUUCCUUCAGCUUUUUGGCUCCAACCGGGAAUGAGGAGCCCUCCCCACCCCCAUCUUCCUCCAAAGAAUGCUCCUUCCCUGGUCCUCUGACCCUUCCCUGUGCCUGCAAGAACAGAUAAAAAACUAGCUGCCAGCCUAGCCUGCAGCCAGCCACUCACUCCCCGCAGCCCAGCCCUCACCCGCACCCUCUGCAGCUUGUACAUAUGCCUGGGCCCUGCAGAAUGGAGGCCACACCAUGCCCUGUGCCACCCCUUCCCCCAAAUUACAUGUUCCAAAUGGGACAGGCAAGGCUGAAGGCUCCUCUGGGCUUGAUGACCCAAGGACAAGUGGGAAGAGCCUAGCAGGAUUUCAGAUGUGGGAAAGACACCCCGGGAAGCCUGACUUAGACCUGUGCCCCCACCAAGAUUUCUCCUAUGGCUGCCACAACCAUGUGACCUUGGGGCAUACUGUCCUGUGUCCAGUCUACCCUCUCUUUCUUUUUCAGGUCAGUCAUUGACACCUUGUAAGGAAAAGGUGGGGGCAGUGCUGGGAGAUGAGGGGAGGGUGUUCUGUAGGUGGGGGGAUGUGGGUAGACAGAAUGGCUGUCCUAGACUGCCCAUCUUCUCUCAGCUCUGGGACCAGCCGCUUGUUCUAGGGACUUGGGCCCUGGAGCCCAGGGCAUUGGGAAAGGGGCAGGAAGCCAGUGCCAUCUGCUGCUUGCCCUGGUUUACCCUCCUGGGUUACAACAGAGCACUGUGACGGUAGGAGGUAGGGGCAGAGAGCCCUGCUCCUAAGUGAGGGGUUGUCCUGGGGCUCCCAGGGAAGUGGGAGCAGGGCAGCCUACUGGGAGGUCCAGGCUCUGCAGUAUGGCCAGUCCACCCAGACCUGUGUCCACCUGGGAGGUAUUUGGGGUUGUAGGACUAAGACCCAUGCCCUCCCACUCUCUACUAUCCACUCCCAGGCUGCUCCCACAGGCCUGAGGCUGAAUGAGGUGUGCUUGGGCCCUCUGGCUGGAUGUUCUGGGGGAGGAGGUAGUUGCUGUAGCUGCUGGGCCAGCCCCAUCUAGAGGGAACCCUGCCCUGCCCCCGUCCUUCCCCAAGGCUUAGUCCCUUCUGCACCUUUUAUUUCCUAAGCCCUCUUUCAUUUGCUGCCAUUUGCUGGCUUAUCCCCAGCCAGGCCUCCUGAGGUCUUAGUAGUUGGCAGUGCCCACAUCCCUUCCCCUCGCUUCCCUGCCACUCACUCAGCCCAGAGUCCUAACCUCCCUCCUUAUCUCUGCAUCUCUCCAGUUUGGAAGCUGUCCAGCUGAUGCUAACAGCCAGGGCCAAUCCCUACAGCUGGUUCCUUGUGAUGAGGCCAGGGCUCCUUAUCAGCCUCCAGAUGGCUGAGAUCUUAGGCAGGGUGUGCGUCAGCUGCCCAGCCCCCUGGCGGGGUGCCUGCUGGGGAGGGGACCCGGGCCCACACCUGGGGGGAGCAUGCAGCCAGCAUGGCCAACUCUGGGCCAGUGGAAAGUUACUGGGUGGAGACAGGGAGGCUCCCUUUACCUCUCUCUCCAGGGCUCUCUUCUCUUCCCCUAUGCUGUGGGCUCCGUUUGCCCUCAGGAAGGGUGACAAGGUAUGCUAUCUAUCUGUUCCUGACUCCACCCACUCCCCACCCUUCCAACCUCCAGCUUUUAAGAAAUAUUGCAGAAGCAUUUGAAGUUUUGUUCCACCUUGUGUAUUUGAGGAGAGAAGGAACAAGAACUGCAGGUAGUGUAUGUAUGAGGUCAAGGCCAUCGGGGCAUGGGUAGGAUGUCCACUGUGUGCUGGUCUAAAUUAAUCCAUCACAGCAGUCCUACAAAGGCAGUGCUCUGCACAUCUCCAUGUGGAGGGAACAGCCGAGGUGCUCAGAAAGGCUUGUUAAUGAGUCUAGGUUCAUAUAGCCAGCCAGUGCAGAUCUGGGGUUCAGACCCACAGCUGCCUAACCCAAAAGGCAUCACUCCCACCCCCCGAACUGGGUGGGAGUGGAAAUGAGACUGCAUGGAAGGCCAGAGAGGCCCUGAUGUCUCUGGGGAUUUGUAAUCCUCAGUGCCACGCUGCACCUCUCUCCGCCCUCCUCCAGAUUUUUUCCCACCAUAAACUGGGAGGCAAGAUUUCUGGUUUCUGAUUCCUAGCCUCACUGCCAAUGGGCUUGUGGUAUUAGGCAAGUGUUUCUUGCUGUCUAUGAUUCAGUUUUCCUAUCUGCAAGAUGGAAGUCCAUGGACAGGAUGGGGCAGUGAGAGGCACCAGAACACUUACUUUCACUGACUUCCUCACUCAAUUGCCUCCUCUCCUCCGAGGCCCCUUGAGUUCCUCUCCUAAUCCCUGACCUCGGUUUUAGAGAGGUUACCACCCUCUUCCCACCCUUCUCCCAUUGUCCUGCCAUUUGCAGACUGGGCCUCAGUCAUGCUUCCCAGAAACCACUUGUUCAAGUCCUCUUCCUCCGCCUGGGAUCCUUAUGCAGAAACUGAGGAAUGAGAUACUUAUCCAAGGUUGAGCACCAAAAGUUUGGGGGAGGGGCAAACCCUAGCCUGUAAACAAUGUGAUGGGCUUGAAUCACAGCCACCUCAAAGACGGCUCCAUGGUGGAGGUGGGGAGGUCCAGUAGAGGGGGCUGCAGUCUCCUGAGGGGGACCAGGCACGGCUGAGCGGGUAGCAGGGCCAGGGCUGAGGCCUGUACCUUCCACCUCCGAUCCAGGCAGUGAGGAACCCAAGGAACACCUGGAUGGAUCUUGGAAGGAGGAAGGGCGGGGAGCAGGAAUGCAGGAUUACAAGAAACCAAAGCUGGGCAGGUGCCGCAAAUUGUAGAGGAGCGGGGAAGCCUGCUAGGCCCUCACAUUCUUGGCUGGGGAGGGGCUGGGCCUGAAAAGGGAUAGGUUGAUUUUAUAAGGCUAGAAGCAGCUAGGAAUCUGGCCAUCUGUGUUGUGAGGUUGGAGGUCUCCUGCUGAGGGGGACAGAUGAAGUCCUCUCUUGGAGGAUGCAGAUUGGGGCCAGGGAGGCACGCAAGUCCCCGAACACCCUGCACCAAUUCCUGGGCACAGGUGAGGCUCCUUCUGUAUCACAUGGGGAAGCUCCAAGAACCUUGAUUCUUCCAUUGCCUACAAUUCCUCCCGGGGGACUAGCAAUGGGACAGAUAACCUUAUUCCAAAAGGCUCUGCAGCUUGCUUUCUGUCCCACAGGGUUGGGAUUUUACAUAAGCACUUUGCUGUCCCCCUGUGGCUGCUGGAGGAAAAGCAAAGCCUGGUUCUGCAGAAGGGAAAACGAGGGGCUGGGUGGCUGGGGUUUGUGGACAGGAUCUGGCUACCAGCCACCCCAGACCUGUCUUUUCAUCAGCCAUCAGCUGUUCCCUUUCAUCCAAUGAUUGUCGUGUCUCUUGGACGCUGUUUACAUGUCCUGCACCUCCCCGUCCCCUGAGCUGUUCUCCUGGGUGUUUGAGAGCAGAGACACAGCACCAGGGACAGAGCUGCACCCCUAGACACAACUGCUGACCUUCCGGCCUCAGCUUCUCCAAGUUCCCCAGUGUUCUGCGCCUGUUCCCUUCCCUGGCUUCUCCUUCCCGGGGUCUGUGACUGACUGGAGAUAAGAAUAAAAACAAUUUUGACACCUGA